AUGAUAUCAGGAAUGGUCAUCAUCCUAUUUCUCACUGGUCAUGUAAGCACAGGGCCCGGGACCACCCCAAACUUAAAACAAAUUGUGAUUGGCCGGUGUUAUGAGUACAUUAUUCUGGUGAACCCCACUUUUAGGUAUAAAUGUGAGGAGAUAUGGUGUGAGUUUGAGGAAACGGUAAUCAGAAAAUCGCCAUGUAAUGUAAAGGUGAAGGAUUAUGAGAGAAUGUUUCAACUCACCCCUCAGACUCUUACCUGUGACAAACUGCUGUUCUGGAGCAAAACACGGGAAUUAAUGCAGAGCUAUGCAGCUGUUACUAGAAGCUUCUGGACCUUGGAGAACACAUUGGUGGGAUUCAUGUUCAAUAAACUCAUCUGGUGUGGUCAGAAGGAAAGAGGGAGAGGCUUCGAUUAUCAGUCCUGUCCAGAAUGGUCGAAAUGUACGACCCAUCCUGUGUACUCACUGUGGAAACAAGCAUCACAAAAUUUUGCUGCAGCAGCCUGUGGAAAUGUUACAGUGCUUCUAAAUGGAUCAAAUGAGAACGCGUUCGAUAGAGAAAGCAUGUUUGGCAGUGUGGAGCUGGACAAUCUGAACCCCAGGAUGGUGUCACAUGUCCAUAUUAAAGUUGUACCAAAUCUGGAGGGUCCAUAUGUAGAAUCCUGCUCAAAUGGUUCUAUUCCUAAGCUCAUAAAUAUUCUACAGACCAGAGGGUUCCGAUGGUCCUGUUCUGACAGUGAUGUAACCCUGAUGUUACUCCAGUGCAUUAACAACCCAAAACACUCAAUCUGCAGAACAGCAUCCAGCAGCACUGAACAGAAGAAUAGCCCUCAUCUCUAGUGCUGUUUACAACAUUGUUAAUAGAUUUUAAGAACCUUUUUUACCGUACUUGUACAUCAUUUACUCACUUAUGUUUAGCAGACAUAUACUAUGUGACCUAUAUAUGACAGGCAGACAUUCACCUUCAGGAUUUUCUACUACAGAACAGACCACCGCCAUGUUUGACUUUUCGUAUGACGUUCUUAUAGUGGAAUGUAGUGUUUAUGCCUUUGACAGAAUAUUAAAUUGUUUCCAAUGAUUAAGUUGGUCAGCCAAACGUUUAAGUCAUUUUUUGUAGAUUGUAGUUAAAUAAAG